AUAAAACAUUAGAUAUUGCAACAUUUAAACAUCUCAAAACCCAUCAUGCAAACCUCUAUUACGUGGAUAGGCUUGUGCCACAUCUCCCAUCCGAAGCGAGAUGCGCGUCCGGACGCCCGUGACGAUGUAUAUAAAGCACCCCUUGUGCAGCUGCUCUCUGGAUCCAAACAUAGAAGAGACACCGUAACGCUAGAAAGAAUGGGUGACCACAGUGCCAGCCCCGUCUCACCACCGCCAUUGCCCAUGCUUUCAAUAGACACUCGUGGAGUUGGGGCAACCGGCGAAGCGGACGAUGAGCCCCUGAGCCCCACGGCACAAUUGUACGGCGAUUUCUGUAUCGUCGCCGUCGUCGGCCUCGCUGCGCCCAUCGACAUUGAACUGGCUCGCGCCGGCCUCGAGGUCACCCUCGUGCGGCACCCUCGCUUCUGCAGCAUCCAUGUGACAGACGGGCCAGAGCAUCGAUGGGUCCGGACGCCGGUGAACCUGGACGACCACAUUAUCGUCCCGGACCUUGACCCCGCCGCCAUCGCCGCCGACCCCGACAAGGUCCUGGAGGACUACGUGUCCUCCCUGUCCACGCUCCCCAUGGACAAGUCACGGCCGCUGUGGGAGCUCCACAUCCUGGACUUCCCGACCUCCGAAGCGGCGUCGGCCGCCGUGUUCCGCAUCAACCACGCCCUCGGCGACGGCACGUCGCUGAUCUCCCUGCUCCUGGCGUGCACGCGGAGUGCCACCGACCCCAAGACCCUGCCGGUGAUGCCGUCGGCCAUGCCGCCGCCCGCGCGACUCAAGGGGCGGCGCCGCGUCUACGGGGCCUCGCCGCCACCGGCGAGGUCGGCGGGCGCCAUGGCGUUCGUCGCCUGGGUCCUGUCCUGCGUCCUGCUCGCCUGGCACACCAUCGUGGACGUCGUGAGCUUCGCCGCCUUGGCGCUGGACCUCGUCAGGGACCCGCGCACGGUGUUCACGGCCGUGAAGGGCGUCGAGUUCAGGCGCAAGCGCUUAGUCAGCCGCGGUCUCAGCCUCGACGACGUCAAGCAUGUAAAGAACGUCCUCGGCUGCACAGUAAAUGACGUGUUAGUCGGAGUGACAUCAGCUGCGCUAUCCCGGUAUUACUUCCGAAAGUCCGGCGACGAUGCCACCAAGAAAGAUGUGUGCUUGAGAUCACUCCUAAUGGUGAAUGUAAGGUCAACACCUGGCAUACAAGAGUUAGCGCAGAUGAUGGAACCUAGCAAGCAUAAUGGUGUAAAAUGGGGAAAUCCAGUGGGGCAAAUCAUACUCCCGUUCUACAUUGCUAUGUAUGAUGACCCUCUUGAAUAUGUCCGCAAAGCAAAGAAGGUUGUAGAUAGGAAAAAACAUUCACUAGAGGUAAUCGUCACGCAUGGAAUUGGAAAAAGGGGCACUGAACUUUUUGGCACCAAGGUUUCAGGUGCUAUCUUCCAUCGUAUGGUAUCUAAUACCACAGUGGCGUUCUCCAACAUGAUUGGUCCAGUUGAGCAAGUAGAGUUUUAUGGGCACCGGGUUGUCUACAUUGCACCUAGCGUAUGUGGGAACACAUCGGCACUUACUAUCCAUUGGCAAAGCUACGCCGACACCAUCAGGGUUGUGCUUGCAGUGGAUGACUCACAAUUUCCAGAUUGUCAUCACCUUCUAGAUGACUUCGCUGAGUCCCUGAAACUAAUUAGAGAAGCAGCAUCAGCGCACUACCAGGAAGCGGGAAACUCCUGACGGCCAAAAACCGUCAGGGAACACCCCGAAACCGUCAAGAACUCACCGACAGGAGCCCAUAGUCAGGAAAGGUCCAUUUCUCCUGUCCGUUGGCUGACAGGAAUCAUUUCCUGACGGCAGUUCCUGACGGCCGUCCUGAGGGAGUUCCUGCGGCCGUCCUGAGGAACCAAUUAAUACAGAUUAAAAAAAAUAUAAUAUACACAUGCAGAUCGGCACCAGUAACAAUUUCUUAGCUUCACCAAAAUCAAUACCUGAUAGUUCUAUAUACAUGCCCACAAGAACUAUUUGUUCAGAUAUAUCAGAUUGAGGCCUUGUUUAGUUCCUAAUUUGGGAGUGCCAAAAUUGGGAUUUUGCCAUAAAUGCGCAAGUGUAGCAUUUUGUUUAUAUUUGUGAAUUAUUGUCCAAACAUUGACUAAUUAGGCUCAAAAGAUUUGUCUCGC